UAUGAAAACUUGUAUUUUUUGGACAAUUCUAAUGCUUGCACUCUGUGAUAUGUAACAAAUAAUUCAGAAUUGGAACCUGUUUUCAACAGCUAUUUGUGCAGUGUGUUUACUUUUGGAAUUCUUAAACAAUAGUAUAUAUAUAUGCUUAUGGACAUGGAAUCAAGACCUUUCCAGACUAUGCCGGACACCGAGUUUUCACCAAGCUCCAUUGAGCACCAGCAAGACGUUUAUAUGUAUGAGGACGAGAGGGCCAUCAAGUGUGAGGAACGCCCCGACAGUCCAACUUACCUCGACAUAUCUACUAGCAAAUCAUCCUUCCCAAACAUCAAAUCAGAGCCCGACCCGGACACGUUGUUAAGUUGGACGACAAAACACCCGGAGCAUUGGUCUCAGAACGAGAUUCUGGACUGGAUCUACUUUGUGGCGAGCGAGAUAAACGUGGACCCCGCCACCAUCCGCGGCGAGGGGUUCCAGAUGAUCACGGGGCCGGAACUCUGUCGCAUGUCACUGGAGGACUUUAAACGCAGGGACCCGGCCAACGGACAAUUCUUCUAUGAUAUGUUCAGGGAUCUUCACAAAGAUACGCACUUCAUUAGGCCAGUGGACUUAGGCGAGUCCAUGUCGGCCCCCAGCCCGAGGGUCGCUAUAAAACCAGAACUAAAAUGCAGCCCAUGCGACUACACAGAACGAAACAAGGACGAGUCAGAGAUGGACAAUAUCAUCACCAGUAUGAAGGGUGACGAGCUGGAGGUUCUCCUGGGCCAGUCCUGGUACCCUAUCGACCCCUAUAUGACCGGAGAGAUACAGACGAUCAUAGAAUCCUGCCAGAUGCCCACCUUCCGCAACAUGUCCGUCAGCAGCGGAUACGGCAGCUCAACUUCCGAUAUUGAAUCAUUAAGCGACUCAGAAAUGGACACAUCGGCCUUUGACCUCCUGUACAAGAAUUCCGCCCUUCCGACAGCAAAUCCCCGGACAGGGUCGUGUUCCGACACAUUUUCCGACGACGAAGUCCCAUCAGCGGUCCUAACUAAAAAUCCGACCGAACAGACUCACCGGAACAAGAAGCCUAGUCCGAGGCGGAAACAGAAAUCCGGUGAGCAGGGGAAGCCGCAAAAUCGUGGCCGGAAACCGGGCCAAAUUUCAAAGGGCAACCACUUAUGGGAGUUUAUCCGGGACCUUCUAAAGGACCCCAAGUGCAACCCGCACCUGCUGCGAUGGGAGGAAAAGGAAACGGGUGUCUUCCGGUUCGUACAGAGCGAGGCGGUGGCCCAGAUGUGGGGCCGGAAGAAGAAUAACCCCGGGAUGACGUAUGAAAAGCUUAGCCGAGCAAUGAGGUUUUGCCGAACAGCUGGGUACUUCGCAGAAGUUCCAAAAACUGGGAAAUUUCCCAAGAAAUUGUGUUUCCGUUUUGGAACGAAAGCUUAUGGCUGGGACGACUAAGAUAUAAAGCCGUGGAUGCUUUAGGUAUUACUACAAGCGAGGUAUCCUCGACCGAGUCGACGGCCGCAGACUCGUCUACAAAUUUGGCGUCAACUCUCACGGCUGGAAGUAAUGUCAGUAUUAUGAGGUCAGGUGACAUUCGAUGACGUCACGUGCGGCAUUCACGUGCCAUGACGUACAAGGGGCCUAGUGAACACUAUUGUGAUCUCAGUAACAAGCGUUCGUCUGUAUCUCAGACUCUUUAGAGCGAAUGUGGGAACACUAGUUCCGAUAAAUCACGCCCAUAACCAAGCUGCAUUAUUCGCUAACUUUUAAGUGCUAAUCAUGUAUAAAAAUGUUGUUCAAAUAUCCAUUUGUCAUUAACUUCAAUCAUUUUGAUAUUUGUAUAGUACAUGCAUGACAAAACUGGGACAAAGAGCCUUUGGACCCAGCCGAUUGAAAACGUUUUAAAUGACUCAAUAUUUCAUUCCAUUUGCACACUUGCGUUUAUUUUUCUAUCAAUAUGAAAUUCCAUUUCCACAAUCAGAGUUUUAACCAAUGUAAUAUAUUAAGAGAAAUAACUCCGUAACCAGAUCAUUCAAUGAUCGUGUUUAUGUCGAUCGUCAUAGGGUGCUAGAAUCUUGAACCAAACUAGAACAUACUUGGUUUCUGAUAUGUCCUGAAUUAUGGACAUUAUUCAAACUCAUUCCAAAACAUCGCAUGAAUCUUAAUAUCAGCAUCUCCAUGACAAUGGUGUACAUUCAGCGUCUGUCGUGACAAUCGCGGUAUGUUCACUUACAGUUUGUAAAUUACCCAUUAUAAAAAAUAGGGCUUUUCAAAAUAUGAAGAAAAUGAGUUAUAAAACCCUACAAUGUAGGUGGUUUAUUCUGUGCGACAAUUAAAUUGUCACUGUUUAUGCUUUAAUUAAUCUCAUUCAAACGCCUACGCUGCACCCACUGUGGCGAGUGGGUGGCCGGCGUCCACACUUAGCUCAGCAAAGUAUUAGGUUAACACGACGUAUAUGAAUGCAUGUUCGCAUGUACUAUCCGUUAUCAGACAGAGAAAACAAUCUGCAACAGGCGAAACAGGGGUUGUGCAAUAGUUCAAUUACAUUGAAUAAACAUGUUUUGUAAUGGGAACGAUUGUUUUAAUAAUUGUAUUCAUAGUUGUUUUCUGUAUCAAAUGUUUCUAUUUUUGUACAUAAUAAAUUUAAACAAACAAACCAA